CCCGGGAGCGGGGCAUUUUAACAGGGACAAUAAUAGGUGGCGUGUGAGCCGUGAGCCGCUCAGAGGGAUGGGAUCCGAACCAGGAGAGCUCUGCAGCUAGCAGCACUGCUCGGCCGGCACAGCAAGCGGGGACUCGGGAAAGCUUGCAAGGAUGAGUGCGUGUGCUGACAUCUGUGGGUCCAAGCAGUCUCAGAACACCCCUGAAGGUGGAUAUCAUCGCUAUGGAGUUCGGUCCUAUCUACACCAGUUUUAUGAGGACUGCACAGCUUCCAUCUGGGAAUAUGACGAUGAUUUUCAGAUCCAGAGAUCACCUAGUAGGUGGAGCUCUGCUUUCUGGAAGGUCGGACUCAUAUUAGGCAUCAUCCUCAUGCUGACAGGUCUAGCAGUCCUUGCGGCUGGCUUCCUGGUACCUCCGAAAAUCGAGGCUUUUGGAGAAGAUGAUUUUGUUGUUGUGGAUAGCCAUGCCAUUCAGUUUAAUGGAGCACUUGAUAUCUGUAAGUUAUCUGGUGCUAUUUUGUUCUGUAUCGGAGGAACUACCAUGGCGGCAUGUCUCUUAUUGUCUGCUUUUGCAAAGAGUUACUCCAAAGAAGAAAAAUACCUUCAACAAAAAUUUAAAGAGAGGAUAGCAGACCUAAAAGCUCACGUCCACCCUGUGACAAAGGCCCCAACACCUGGAGAAUCAAAGAUACCGGUCACGCUGUCUAAAGUUCAGAAUGUUCAGCCUUUAUCUGAAACUUGACAUUCAACCAUUAGUGUGCAAAAAAAUUAAAUUGAAAAUGGUCAGCUUUUUUGAAUGUUACAGUGAAAGUUUUAUUUUGUAGUUCGGUCAAACUGUACCUGGUUGAGAAAUAUGUUGAUAGGCCCACUAUCAGCAAAAUGUGAAAAGAUCACAGGUUUUCGUCUGUUAAUGUGGGCGUUUUACUUUACAUAAAUGGUAAACUUUCCCAAAUCCGUACAGUUGGUUACUCACAAUAUGCUACUUAACAGCUACAGCAAAAUGCUGUUUGUGUCGUGGUUUGGCUUUUUUUGCACUUGCAUAUGAUUUAUGUUUUCUUACAGAUCUUAAUUGAAUGGGGAAAUAUUUUCAAUGCUGUGUGCCAAGUAACUAGGAUGGUUGACUCAUAUCUAUUAUGAUAUGCUUGACAUAUUGGCCUGACCACAGAAGCUUGAAAGUACAUUCAUUUUACAAUUGUGUUGUUUAGUGCUUAGACCUAAGAUUUAUAUCACUUCCUUAUUAUUUUAGCUUUCCUAGUCUUUGUUUAUCUCAGUGUGUAAUCGAAGCCUUUAUUUCACAGUGCAUUCCUUUGACACUUUUCAGUAUCAAUCAUAAAAUUGCUUUCUUGUUUAGUCUGUUCCUGCACAAACAUUCUACAGCCAAAAUUAAAGGCAAAUAUAAAAUAAAAAUAAAAAAAUUGAUGGAGAAACCAGGGUUUUACAAUUACAUCACAGCUUGACAAAUCACAAUUUGCUGUACGUGCUAAUGUAAUGACAAAAGUAAGUGUUUGCAUUUUUACACAUACUCAAAGGUUUACGGAUGCAGAAGAAAUUGGUACUUCAUUAAUGUCCAUUAUACCAGGGUUAAUGUUAGUUGUUCUGUGAUCUUUAAAAAGCAGUUCAUCAUCACAUGGUACUGUGUUUCUUUGUAGUAAGGGGCGCAAGGAAAAAUAAAAUAAAAAAACCUGUUAAUGCAUCCCUAAUCAACGCAAUCAGAGCAUUAACUUUACAUUUCUUAUAUUGAAAGAACAUUUUAUUGACAUGUCUAGAGUUUUCUUGGGGCAAGAUGACCCCUGGUACAAUUGAAAAAUAAUAACACAUUUUGCAUUUAUUCUGUCAUCUGUAGUGUAGGUGAAAAAGCAAACUAUCGUUUAUCUAUUUUAUUUUUUUACUUCAGCACAAAAGCAUUUCCAAAUAUCUAGUAACACAAUUCGAUGAGCGCCGUGUUCUCCAGCUAUAAUAGACAUCUGUAUUUCAGCUGUUGCAGACUAACACUAGCCCUAGAUCAAUAAUCUGGUCGAGAUUCACAGGAAUCGUGGUCCCCAGCUAAUGGCAUGCAGAUGUCAGUUACCCAAAGUACAUUUUAUCAAGACUCCUAGAAUUUAUUUUUUUUUCGAAUUAUGUUUAUUCAGUGAAAAUUAAAAGAGCAGAGCUUGUUUUUUUGACUUUCAUAAAUUUACAUUAUUUAUUUUUAAUGCUUUCCACACUGACCAAAAGUCACCUGUAUAUUGACAUAUUUAUCACUGCCAAAGUGCUCUUUAAUAAAUCCAAUUACCAAUUGAUGGCAACUUUCAUAUAUUUGCACAUUUGUCACAAUGCAGAGAAACCAGUAUACAUAACCAUUUCACCAGCCUGUGCACAAAUGUGUUGAAGUGAAGAUUGUAAGUCAACGUACUCUGCAUUUCAGGUUCACUGGCUGGAAGGCCACUGUAGAAUAGAGUCUGGGAGUCCAUUAUAGGACAGUGGAGAAAAACGGCCUUGUAAGAAAAUGUUUCACUCAGACCUGACAGCUCUCCUAACCAUCAAUGGAAGUUAAUAUUUGGUGAUAUUCUAUCAUGUUUUCCAUGGUUCUUUUAACUUAUAAGCAUUGUGGAAAGAGGGUUAAAAAAGCUGGGGAACGUGGAAAUGCUUUACAGAUUGAAUGCUGCAGCUUACCUACUCCUUUUCUGAAGACUUUUUAGGCGUCUGCCAAAAUAGUCAUAUUUUCAUAAAUAUCCAACGCUGCUAUUUUGACUUACAUUUUGCAACAUAUUUGUCAGAAUGCUACACUGCAAGGUUUAGUGAAUUAAAUACACAUUAAACCCCAAUGCAAAGCUUUAAAAGUAAUUUAUCUGUAAUUUUGCCAUUUUAUAUUAUUAUUUUAGUUCCACCUGGCUUCGCUAUAGAUAUAUAUUUCUAUUUUGUAUGGUAAUGCAGACAAUCUGAGAAGUUACAAGGGAUGUUGGCUCCAUGACCAAGAAACAAAAUGGAUGCUUUGUUUAACAAUUUCUUUAUUUUUUUUUAUAUCAAUCCCUAGACAUACAGAUCAAUAAAAUUUUAAAGUGGCACAGUAUAUUCUCUCCAACACUCCUGCUGGAUUUCCUACUGACAUAUGUAGACGAAUUCCUAAGGUGUCAUUCAACGAAUGUCAUUCAGCGAAUGUCAUUCACCGAUAACUCCUGCUGUUGACAAAAUGAAUAAGACCCUACAAAGUGAAAAUGGUUGUACACCACAAACUUUUCUUGCUAAUGGGGUAACAUUUAAGAAUUAAGUACUUAUUGCAGGAUGCUACAUGUAAAGUGUCACUCCACAGAAAUGUGUUUACAUGAUAAAUUGUUGCAUAUCACCAUUUUAAUCAUUGCAGUUUGAUAUAGGAUGUAAUAUCAAAAUCCACACCUGUAAUUUACAACCCUGUUAAUGUUCUACAGUAGCCUGUGUCUUUCAAUUGCGUACACUGUCUAGAGCACAGUAAAACGUCUUCCCUUUAAAGCCUAGAUAAAUGGCGUCUGGGAAGGGAAAGAUGACUGUAAUAACAUGUUAUCAGUUCUAUUACGAUGUUUCUCUCAGAGUACAGUAACAAGCCAAAAAAACACAGUUGUCUACGUUGGAGAUUUUGAGACAAAACCUAUACAAAUAUGCAAAUAUGCAAAGCCAAUAUCUUGAAUUAUCCAGAAAACAUGUUGCCAUGUGCUAAUUGUAUGUUUAAAAGGAGUAAUAAUAAAUGUUUUUAUACUUUUUCCCAUUCCCCAUUGCAGGAGUGCAGUAAAGUCAUCAAAUUUAUGUCAUACUUAUAUCAAAUAAGAGAACUUUAUAAAUGUGAUGUUCUAUUUUUAUAGCCAUAUUAAUAUAUUCCUUCACUUAGUAUGUGUUCUGUCUACACGUAUAUAUGACAUUUUUUUCAGCAACAACAAAAAGAGAUCAACUUUUUUUUUGUCUUAAAAUACCAAUAAUUCUAAUUUUUAAAUGCAGUAAUUAUAUCAUAUUGACUUUAUCUUGUAUGAUUGGGACACUAUCUUCACCUGAUCAUGUGUUAAUUCAGUCAAACAGUGAAGUAUGAUAAACUGAAAUUAUUAUUAUGCUAAAUGUAGGCCAAAAUGUUCUCUAUGAAAAAAUAAAUAGCUCAAAGUUUCUAUCUUAGCUAUAUGGGUCUCCGUUUUGAAAUUCAGUUGUCAAUUUAAACAUAAUUCAGGGUUUUGUGAUACACUUACACUGUUUGUUGCACUUGCUUUUCCACUUGUUGGAACUUAAUGUUGCUCCAAGUAGAGCUAGCACAUCAUUAAUCAACAGAUACUUCACUCCUAACACUUAGGGUUUGUUUGUUAAACUGGGAUUUGUAAGGUAUUGACAAUGGAAUAGCACAUUUUACAACAAAAUAGUUGAAACCAGAAAAAAAAAAAGUUUUUCUAAUCUCUAAUAUUUUGGCCCAAAAUUAGCAAUUCCUUUUUCUCAGUCCUUCCAUCUCUCUACCCCUCCUUUAUACGCUACACAAAUCAGACAUCUAGAUGUUUAACAUUAUUGUGAAUAGCAGGAAUAAUGAAAUUGUAGAUGAUGUUAAUUUUUACACAUUUUCUUCACUUGUAAACUGUUGUUGCAAGAACGUUGAGCGAUAUCAGGAAUUGUUGAUGGAAACUGAAGCUUUGUCUGUUUACAAGUUAGAAAAAAAAAUGAGAUGUUCCAAAUGUUCAUUGUAGAGGUCACAUGAUUAGUAGAUGCCAUCUGUAUUGUCUGAAAUAAACCACUGUUGAGCAAUGA